AUGGUCGUGUACCUGAUCGUUUCGGCGCUUGACAAGUCCACCCGAAAGGCCUGGGAAGGAACGCAGAAGAAAGGUGAUCUUCCCAAAUACAUGCCGACUAUCGAUUUCCUUAAGUCGAGGUGCCAGAUUCUGAAGAACUGUGAGGAAGCCUUCCACCCAGCGAACUCUGCAGCGAAGCCGAAGCAACUCCAACUGCCUCCGAAGAAUUCACCGUUGAAGAGCCAUGCGGUUUCCACAACUGUCUCGCAGGAGUGUGAGAUUUGCGGUGGUGCUCACCGAAACAUACAGUGCACGGCGUUAAGCAACUUGACGCCUCCCCAGAGAAACGAAAAGAUCCGAGCUGCAGGACUUUGCUUCAACUGUCUGCGUAAGGGGCACCGCUCUUGUAACCUGGAAGCUCAGGGAUACUGGAUCUUAGGGUCGUAA